CCAGGCGCACGAGUAGCGGCAGGCGCUAGAACCCGGACAGAGGGCACAGCGGUCGGGCCUCCUCAGCGCGUCGUGCCGCCUGGAUCUGCUCGGGGGCGGCGGUCGGUCGGUCGGUCGGUGUGAUGGAGGCGGCCGUGCUGGUCAUGCCGGAGGUGGAGUGUAAGAGCCUGAGCGCCGAGCUGGAGGUGAAGAAGCUGCAGGAGCUGGUUCGGAAGCUGGAGCGGCAGAACGAGCAGCUGCGGACCCGGAGCUCCGGACCGGCGCCGGGCUCCGCCGCCGGCCUCUGCCUGCCCGGCCCGCUGCCCGCGCUGCUCUGCCAGGCGUCCCGGGGGGGCUUCGCUCCCCCGGAGGAGCCCUUCGACUACUUCCAGCCGCACGGAGCCGCCGCCGCCGGGGAAGAGGAGGCCGAGCCCGGGCCGUCGGUUCUGGACGAGCUGGAGCUCCUGGACCUGGACGGUGUGGACGGCUCGGAUGAGACCUGGUUGUACGUGGCCCCCGGGGGCCGAGAGGCGGCCCGGGACUGCCUGUCCCCUCAGCAGUGGUGCCGCCAGGUCCUGGACAGUCCCAGGUCCGAGGUGGAGGCCGCCCGGCGCUCACUGUCACUACGACUGGAACAAGUGUCCAGGUGGCGUAGCUCCCUGUCCAGCCCCGCCCCCUCCACCCCCUCCUCCUCCUCUCCCGGGCCUCCUCUGAGCCGAGUGUCUCCCGUCCCGGCGUCUCCGUCCCACAGACCCGAGAGGCCCGCUCCAUCCCACUCCUCCCCGCUCCACCCGGCCUUCCAUCGGACCCUGAGCCCCAUCGGGAAGGAGCUCUCCCCCGUAGCCGAGAGGACGCCCACCUUCCUCCCCCACCCGCCGGCUCGCAGCCGCAGCCUGCGCGGCUGCGCCGUCAGCCCGCAGUCGUCGGUGGACAGCGACCUGGGAGCGUCGGAGGCGGAGGACGACUCCAUCGCUCUGGGCUACAAGCUGCAGGACCUGACGGACGUCCAGGUGAUGGCCCGGCUGCAGGAGGAGAGUCUCCGGCAGGACCUGGCCAGCGUGUCGUCCGUCCUGGCCGGCCGCCGCAGCCAGAGCUUCACCUUCCAGCUCAGCCAGCUCAGCGCCGGCCCCGGCCUGGAGGAGGAAGACGAGGAGGAGGACGACGAAGACUACGGCCUGCUGCCGCCGCCGCCGCCGCGCCUCACGCGCCUGCCGCACUCCCACACCUUCUCCAGCAUGCGAGACUGGCGAAGAAGCAGCAGCUCCCUGUACACCCCUCCUUCCACCCCCUGCACGCCGCCCUGCCCUUCCGCUGGGUUCGCCUUUCAGGCGGCGGCGGUCGCGGCGGCGGCGGGCAGCCCGUGUCCGGCCGAGCCGCAGCCGGCCUUCAGGCCAGGAUCGGCCGAUUCUGACAAUAAGCUGCGGAGGAGCAUGCCUAACCUUGUGAGAGCUCCCAGCAUGCCGAGCGUGCCCGUCCCCGCCAAUCCCAGCGCCUCCCCUUCGCUGCUUCGUAACAGCCAGAGCUUCGACUCGUGCGGCGGCCUGGCGAGACUGCAGUCCUCCAUUCCCUCCCCGGGCCAGCUCCAGCACCGGGUCCAGAGCGUGGGGAACUUCUCCUCGUUGUCACGGCAGCCGCUGAAAGCCACGGCGUACGUCAGCCCCACCAUCAAGGGCUCGUCCUGCCCGUCGCCGUCGCCGUCCGCCGGCGGGGCGGCCAACAGCGGCAUCCCGCUCCUCAGUAAACCGGCGGGGGCGUCCGCCUCGGCCCCCCGCAGCGGCCUCCCCCGCCCCGCCUCCUUCGUGGCCGCCACAAGCUCCGCCCCCCGCGGCAAGGCGGUCCAAUCAACACGAAGUUUACUGACGCCUCCGAAGAGCCUGUCCGCCCUCAGCGCCCUGCGGGACGGCGCCUGGAGGGACGGCUGCUACUGACGGAGCGGCGGUGCGGCGGCGCGCCCCGCUGGCUGGGGCUCCCCCCCACCACUGCACUCCCACCCGGAGCUUCGCUCGCCGUGGAAGGACGAUCGAGACCAAAUACGAAGAGACUGUGACCGUGCCAACAGGAAGCUGCUCUGUGCAAUAAACUCCGAACUCUUUUUACAACUAAGGACUCCGACUAAUCAGGGAAUCCUCCUCCUGCUGCCAACAUGCUGCUAAAAGUCAGUCCCUCCCCGUCAACUGGUAACUGCUGGUGUUUCGACCGAUUUUGAAUUUAAUUGAUGCAAUAUUAAGUUUUUAAUGUUCUCUGAAUGUGUCUCACUUUAAAGACCUCCAUCUUGCACUUUGUAUCGAAUCUCAUUGUUUUCUAACGUUUGCACUUCUGUAAUUCAAACGGUAAAAGUAAAGUUUUGUUGAUGUUUCACAGCAAAAUGUAGCACACUUACACACACACACACACACACACUUACACAGUUCUAUUUGUGUUUGUAACUCAGUCUCACUCUUUGGAUCAAUCAUUUUAAUAA